CGUAAACCUUUUCCAGUAAAUCCGACAUUCUGGAAUUCUGAAUUUUCUGAACACACGACGAAGCUUGACCAGACAGCUAGCCUGUUGACACUCACAUUUAAACUGUCUUUAGAUUUGUUUUGUAUCUAAUAUCCACUGGUUGUUGAUAAGUAAAAGGUGAAUUGUUAUAAAAUAAGAUCUACUACGUGAUCCGAGGUCGGCGUAAGGUAAUGUGGGAUAUUUUUAUUACACUGAAAUGUGUUAACUGACGCGCUCUACCAAAACAUGAAACAACAUCAUGUCUGCAUGUAGCGGAGCUAGCUAGAAAGCCAAAUAUAGUCUGAUGGCAAGUAGCCUAGUAGAAUUUGACAAAACUAUAAACUAGUUAGCUAACGUUAUAGUGAGGCUAUUAUUAUUAUGGUGUUGGUGGCUUGCAUCAUCUAGUCUAGAGACAUUUUGUAAAGAAUCAUUGGUGUGUAGGUUGCAUCAAGGCCUAACGCGUUAACUACUUAUUUAAAAUGAGCAAAUUUACAACGUUAACGUUAGAUAGCUAAGGAAAGGCCAUGGCAUGUUGUUUUGAAAUACAAUGUGUAUUAUAAUCAUAUCUAACCUUACUGGCUAUCAUACGUUUGAUAACAAUUUACUUCUAUUCAUUUAAGAUUAGCUAUUUGAAUAUGAACAUAACGUUAGCUAACUAGCUUAGUAAACCCAGUAUCAAAAACAUUAUUUGGAAGAUAUUGCUCAUUUAAAUAGACGGGUAACGUUAGCUAGCUAGGCAGCCCCACCAACCCUACAAUUUAAUUAUGUCCUUAUUAGUUACUAUUCAACCAUUAUUGAAAUUUUAAAAAUAUCCAGACAUUACAUUUCUUUGAACUAAACUAAGUUAAAAAUACAAUGUUAACAGUACUCACUGGUGUUUUGUUUUGGAUUGCUGCAUGAAAUGGCCCAUUACUACCUCUCUGUACAUUAACACAUGCUAGUUACCUAAACAUGUAUUGAUUUACAAUAGUUAUUUAUCACUGAAGAGUGUCAAGUAACAAGCUAGUGCAUCUAGGCGAGAUAAUAUUACGUGGAUGGGAGGAAAGGAUCACUUUACUCAAAAACAAUAUUUUGGUAUCUUGUUCAUUGGUCCAAAUGUGCAUUUCAGCACUGUUUUCAAGAUAGAGUACUUUCAGUACAGCGCUAAAACUGAUGAGGAUGUGUUCCUCUAACAUCCCAGCUUUGACUGAACAUGACUUAAAAUCCCUUAAAGGGAGUGCAGUGUGAGUUGUUCGACUUGUGUAUUUGAAAUGCUGUGACCGUGUUCCUUUUCUCACACCGCUGAUUAUUUACACAGUGGAAGAAUAGUUCUGUGUUCAAGUGAGGUGCUGCUGCAAGCUUUUUCAGUUAUAACCCUUUUCAUUUAGGAUACAUGCUAGCCUUAUUAUUCUGUCUGUCUCUCAUUGUACUGUGUAUUUUGAUAGUGAGCUGUAUUUUCCCCAGAAAGAGAACAAAGACACAUUAAGAUCAGCACUGUCUUUUCUAUUUAUUAACUUGAAGGAAAGGAAGGAAACUAGUUAGUUGGCCACGUUCCUAAAAACGGCAGAGGACUAGAUCGGCUCCUUCCAGUAAAACAGAAGCAAACACCCUCCCCCAUCCUUGGUUUCAAUGCUCCACAGAAAUGCAUUAUUGUACAUGGUUCUUCUGUAAAACAAUCAGUUGUGGGAUGCGGACUAUUGUGGUGUUUGUAGUCUCUAGGGAUUUGUAGCAGCCAAUAUUGAUUCCUCUACUCUGCACUUGAACUUCCUUCUCCUUAUAGGACUUUGGGAAUGCGCUUGUAUGCUUUAUCACUUCUUGCUUCAGUGUGUCAUUUUCCACAUAAUUCUGAGGUCGUUUGGAUGUGAAAUACCUGGGGCGGCAGGUAGCUUAGUGGUUAAGAGCGUUGUGCCAGCAACCGAAAGGUCGCUGGUUCUAAUCCCCGAGCCGACUAGGUGAAAAAUCUGCCGAUGUGUCCUUGAGCAAGGCACUUAACCCUAAUUGCUCCUGUAAAUCGCUCUGGAUUAGAGCGUCUGCUAAAUGACUAAAAAUGUAAAAAUGUAAGGGCCACUUUAUACACCUGUAGACUAGAGACACCUUGUUCAUUUCUGGUGGAUGAUGUUUCGAGCCAAACCAUGCAAUGCCAUUGAUGCGUGAAACUGUCAUGUCUUUUUCAUUGGGAGAUCUGCAUUAGGGCUGGGCUCUAUUUUUCCUCACCUGUAGAGUAUUUUAUUUUCUAAAAGUAGCAAACCCAGUUAGCCGCCUACAAUGUUCCUUUUAAUGGGUUUGGUAGAGAUCGACACUCCUAUAAGUCACAGUUGUGUUAAUAUUGUAAUGCGUGAUGAUAGGCCUGCUCAAGCUUGCCCAAUGGAACUAGACCAACUGGAGUGGAGUCAUGACAACAUCACAAUACAAUGUUACAUCCAAUUUGAUUUAACCCCCAAUCCCUAGCUCUUGCACAUAGAUGUAUCACACCUAAGGGCAUUUUAUAGCCUGCUCCCAGAACUGUUUCUGCUAUCAUGUCAACUCCUUGUCACUCGUUGCAUGUUUGGCAUGACAAGGAGUUGACAUGAUAGCACCAACAGAUCUGGGACCAGGCUACAUUUUACAGAUGUAAGAUCUUAAUUUGAGCCAGUUUGCUACAGCAAGAAAAUAAUCCUGAACCGACAGGAAAUGUGAAUUAUUAUGUGGAUUAUAAUUAAUGGCCAUUUUUUUGUAGGGGUUGAUAAAAAAUUUUAUUAGGGGUCUUUCCACCUCAAAAAGCACAAGAAAGAAGAUUGACACCCACCAUCUCAGAUUGUUCUGAAAUUGUUUAUGUUGAUAGAAACAGAUAAGAUUAGCAUUCCUGCAGCAUUAUUUUGUUGAAAUAUAAUUUGAUCUCUGAGAAAUUAAGCUAAUUGAUUACACCCAAAUUGUCAAUUUUAAUUUAUAGGAUUCAUAUAAUAUUUAAUAAAUAUAGCACCUAACAUCCGAUUUGGACCAAACUUUUUUCUAACAAUGAGUUAGAGGAAUCCAAAGAAAUGGUCAAAAGCCACCCACGGACCCCCCACACCCCAGGCCAAUUAGUAAUUUAAGUUGUUGGGUUUACAAUGUCUUCAGAAAGUAUUCACACCCCUUGACUUCUUCCACAUUUUGUUGUGUUACAGCCUGAAUUUAAAAUGGAUUAAAUUGAGCUUAAUUAAUUCACCUUUCAGCGGGACAAUAACCUAAAACACAAGGCCAAAUCUACACUGGAGUUGCUUACCAAGAAGACGGUGAAUGUUCCUGAGUGGCCGAGUUUUGACUUAAAUCGGCUUGAAAAUCUAUGGCAAGACCUGAAAAUGGCUGUCUAGCAAUGAUCAACGACCAACUUGACAGAGCUUGAAGAAUUUCUAAAAUAAAAAUGUGCAAAUAUUGUACAAUCCAGGUGUGUAAAGCUCUUAGAGACUAAAUCCAGAAAGACUCACAACUGUAAUUUAAAUUUGGACUCAUCAGACCAAAGGACAGAUUUCCACCGGUCUAAUGUCCAUUGCUCGUGUUUCUUGGCCCAAGCAAGUCUCUUCUUGUUAUUGGUGUCCUUUAGUAGUGGUGUCUUUGCAGCAAUUCGACCAUGAAGGCAUGAUUCAUGCAGUCUCCUCUGAACAGUUGAUGUUGAGAUGUGUCUGUUACUUGAACUCUGAAGCAUUUAUUUGGGUUGCAAUUUCUGAGGCUGGUAACUCUAAUGAAUGGUAACAUUAUCACAUGGAAAAGCACCAUCUAGUGCUCAGAACCUGGUAAUAUCAGGAUGUAGUCUGGGGCAUAAACUUAACAACUUAAAUUACUAAUUUCUUUAAACAGGGGGAAGAAAACAUCACAAAAUUCCCUGAGAAUACAUUACAUAGUAUGGUUUAUACUCCAAACUGCAGCUCCAUACUACAUGUCAGACAUAGAGAACUGAUACUAAAUACUCGUUGUUGGCGUGGGACUGGCAUAGGGUGUUGGCUUUUGACCAUUUCUUUGGUUUCCCCAUGUCUUACUCAUUGUUAGAAAAAAGCUUAGUCCAAAUCGGAUAUUAGGUACUGUAUUUAUUGAAUAUUAUAUGAAUCCUAUAAAUUAAAAUGGCCAAUUUGGGUGCAAUCAAUUAGCUUAAUUUCUCAGAGAUCAAAUUAUAUUUCAACAAAAUAAUGCUGCAGGAACGCUAAUCUUAUCUGUUUCUAACUACAGAAACGAUUUCAGAACAAUCUGAGAUCUCUGAAGUGACAGAACGAUCCUUAAGGCAAAUCGACAUUUUAAAGUGGAAAUAGCAAACUUUAGAAGCUUUUCAAACCUCGAAUACACUACAAGUUUGCAUUUCCUGCUGUGUAGGAACAUUCUCAGCAACAAAAGUGUGAUCAUGUUAAGAUCCUACAUACAGUUGAAGUCGGAAGUUUACAUACACUUAGGUUGGAGUGAUUAAAACUCGUUUUUCAACCACUCGACAAAUUUCUUGUUAACAAACUAUCGUUUUGGCAAGUCGGUUAGGACAUCUACUUUGUGCAUGACACAAGUAAUUUUUCCAACAAUUGUUUACAGACAGAUUAUUUCACUUAUAAUUCACCUUAUCUCAAUUCCAGUGGGUCAGAAGUUUACAUACACUAAGUUGACUGUGCCUUUAAACAGCUUGGAAAAUUCCAGAAAAUGAUGUCAUGGUUUUAGAAGCUUCUGAUAGGCUAAUUUACAUAAUUUGAGUGAAUUGGAGGUGUACCUGUGGAUGUAUUUCAAGGCCUACCUUCAAACUCAGUGCCUCUUUGCUUGACCUCAUGGGAAAAUCAAAAGAAAUCAGCCAAGACCUCAGAUAAAAAUGUGUAGACCUCCACAAGUCUGGUCCAUCCUUGGGAGCAAUUUUCAAACGCCUGAAGGUACCACGUUCAUCUGUACAAACAAUAGUAUGCAAGUAUAAACACCAUGGGACCAUGCAGCUGUCAUACCACUCAGGAAGGAGACACGUUCUGUCUCCUAGAGAUGAACGUACUUUGGUGUGAAAAGUGCAAAUCAAUCCCAGAACUAGCAAAGGACCUUGUGAAGAUGCUGGAGGAAACAGGUACAAAAGUAUCUAUAUCCACAGUAAAACGAGUCCUAUAUCGACAUAACCUGAAAGGCCGCUCAGCAAGGAAGAAGCCACUGCUCCAAAACCGCCAUAAAAAGCCAGACUACUGUUUGCAACUGCACAUGGGGACAAAGAUCGUACUUUUUGGAGAAAUGUCCUCUGGUCUGAUGAAACAAAAUAUAACUGUUUGGCCAUAAUGACCAUUGUUGUAUUUGGAGGAAAAAGGGGGUUGCUUGCAAGCCGAAGAAAACCAUCCCAGCCUUGAAGCACGGGGGUGGCAGCAUCAUGCUGUGAGGGUGCUUUGCUGCAGGAGGGACUGGUGCACUUCACAAAAUAGAUUGCAUCAUGAGGAAGGAAAAUUAUGUGCAUAUAUUGAAGCAACAUCUCAAAACAUCAGUCAGGAAGUUAAAGCUUGGUCGCAAAUGGGUCUUCCAAAUGGACAAUGACCCCAAGCAUACUUCCAAAGUUGUGGCAAAAUGGCUUAAGGACAACAAAGUCAAGGUAUUGGAGUGGCCAUCACAAACCCUGACCUCAAUCCUAUAGAACAUUUGUGGGCAGAACUGAAAAGGUGUGUGCGAGCAAGGAGGCCUACAAACCUGACUCAGUUACACCAGCUCUGUCAGGAGGAAUGGGCCAAAAUUCACCCAACUUAUUGUGGGAAGCUUGUGGAAGGCUACCCAAAACGUUUGACCCAAGUUAAACAAUUUAAAUGCAAUUCUACCAAAUACUAAUUGAGUGUAUGUAAACUUCUGACCCACUGGGAAUGUGAUGAAAGAAAGAAAAGCUUAAAUAAAUAAUUCUCUCUACUAUUAUUCUGACAUUUCACAUUUUUUAAAUAAAGUGGUGAUCCUAACUGACCUAAGACCGGGAAUUUUUACUAGGAUUAAAUGUCAGCAAUUGUGAAAAACUGAGUUUAAAUGUAUUUGACUAAGGUGUAUGUAAACUUCCGACUUCAACUGUACCUAUGCAGUAAACACAUCUGGCUCUGUUAAUGUGUAAUGGAAUAAUGAAGAAUCUGAUCUGACCUAUCACUGUCUGCUAAAAGCCGACUUCAACUUAUUCACAUGCAUGUAUUUACAAUCCAACGUUUCUCAAAACAAAUUUAAUGCAAUGUAAUGACAUUUUUAAGCAGAAGCAAGUCCAAAAGUCAUCCAAAAUGUUGUGGCUCCUUGUUGGGCUAGGCUAAUCAUAACAGCUUGUAUCUUGUUCAUUAUUACAACUUCCCUCUGCUCUCUUAGUAAAGUGAUUUGCACUAAGUCCUUGUUCCAGAGCUAGGCUACUGCAUGCAAAUCUACUGUACAGGGAAAUGGGAACAAUUUGUCUGUGAUAUUUUUUUACUAGUGCAGCUGCUAGUUUGGUCACAUUUUAUGCCAGUAAUAGCUUUUUUUUUUUGUAGACUUAAAAGAAAACAUUAUAUUAUAUUGUAUGUAGUAGCCUAAUGUUUGUUGUUACUCUUUCUCGAAAUUGAAGUGGCUCUGCUGAAUUCAAGUCAAACAACUACGCCGACUUGUGCCACGUAAUCAUAGGGUGUCUAACUGAUAUUGCAAUUCUGCGGUCUCAGGUAAAUCACAUGAUAAAUUACGUGAUGGAGAGACUUUAAGGCUAAUGUAUUCAUAAUUUAGUCUUUAAUAUUUAUUGUCUUAUUGUGUGUGUCGACAGGGAAGUGCUGUUGUCUCCCAUCGCCAUGUCUCAACUGCUGUUGCAGUAAACCACAGACUGCAUUGCCUGGAAGGAUCUAACUGACCACCAUGCUAAGUUGGUUCUUCUGCAUUCUGCUCCUGGGCCUGAGAGUCACAGAGAGCCAGGCCAGUGGUAAGUCUAUCCAGUGAGAUGGAUUGGUGUUUAUAUAAUUUUUUAAGCCUUCUAAUAAGACUUUAUGAAGGUUCAGUAAAUGCACAUAACAAGUAAUAAAGCAUCAUAACGUUUUAUUAUCAGAUAAUAUUGAUGCUCAGGACUUGAUAGUCACUAACUGAAGCAUUCUGUAUUUGGGUUUUCAAACUGUCGAUGGGUCUGCAGGACUCGCGCCUCCACAGCAAGUGAGGCUGGACGCAGACAAGGCAGCACAAAAGCUGUCGGUCACAUGGGAGGACGGCCACGCCUCUACCUUUGACGUGGAGAUUCUACGCACUGAACUCAUGGAGAUUGUGUUGAAUGUAAGUGAGGUAUUAUAUUUGAUCAAGACUGUUUUCAUUGAAAAGGUAUAUUGUGACAGAUCCUUAUGCUUUCUUAGCGUCUGUAGGCUACGUGUUCAACUUGGAAUGUCAUGUCUUCAGCAUGUUCUAUUGUCAUGGGUGGGAUCUGAACCCUGGUCUCCCGCUCAGGAAACCAACGUCUUAACAAUUAGACUAUUUGUUUUGGUAGGAGACAGUGGGUGUAACAGCAGACCAGAGCACAGGGAAGCACCAAUGGAACUGGACCUCUCCAGUACCCCUGGAGUGUACCUCUCUGUCGGUCAAAGUGCGCUCCAGAGACGGCCAAGAUGUCAGCGAAUGGAGUUCUCAACAGAUCCUUCCAGGUUGGGUCUCUCUGCAUACAGGGGGCUUGCAGCACUCCCUAUAUAUUGUUCUUCCUAGAGUAGGGUGAUUCACACAAUCAGAAGGGAAUGAGCAGAAAUCCGGAAUCCUCCAACCAGAACUUCUGGAAAACCUGGGGAUUUUGGGAAAGUUAUCCGUUAUUUUGCAAAAAGGUAGGAAUAUUACAUUUUUCAAUAGCAUCAUGUACUCAUAAAACAACAGGUGAGCUGUAGAUGUCCUUUUUAUGGACAGAAUUGCCUUUUUAGAUAGACCUGUCAGCAGUGGUACUAUGAUGAUGGGUGUGGCAUGUUGUUGUUGCUGCAGACCUACUCAAACUAAUUGCUCCUCUGGAAUAAAUCAAGUAUUUUACGGUGGGGCAGGUCUAUGCCUCCAUAAUCAGGGUUUUUAUUCUGCAUAGGAAAGUAUUGUGUGGGCUGCCUAAGUGUUGUUUUGGGGCCGCCUAUGUCCAAACAGUAAGAAAACGUUUUCAGUGUACACUUACAGUAAUAAUACCACAUAUAUAUAUAUAUAUAUAUAUAUAAAGUAUGUAGAAAAGAUCGAAGCUAGACAGUCAGGAGUAUUUUUGUCAUGGCAUGGGGCCCGCAUUGAUUUUGUUACGUUCAAGUCAUUCAGAUACCAUGGCAAAAUGGGUAGAAUUGCAGGACAUUUGCAUUAAAACAGCUAAAGAGGAGUACCUCUAAAAUGUUCAGUCAGCGACCGUACCAUUGGUGACGCCCACCACCCCAUUUUGAGCCAGAAAAAAAAAAGGUUAUUCUUCUCCCAAGUAUCUAAAAUGUAGAUUUAUUUGUUUCUCCCCCCCCCCCCCCCCCCCCCCCCCCAGGGUUGGACCUCCCGGACAACGCGGUUGCACAAAUGUACCCAGAGGGGAAAACGGUUCCCGUGGGCAGCGACAUGACGUUCUGCUGCAUCGUGGAAGAGGGUCAGCAGUUUGGGAACCUGUGGUACAAAACCUUACAGAUGAACGAGACCAUGCUGAGUAGGCGGACCUACGCUACCACGAUGACCAUUCGGGAACCGUCCAACCCCUCCGGGACCAAUGUGGUCUGCAGCAACGAGAAGAACAUAAUGGUCACCGGCGCCGUCGUGUUCGUGGGGUGUAAGUGCACUUUGUAGUGAAGGGUUUGCAUUUGUUCAAUGCAGAAUUCCCUACAUGCAGACCCUCAAACUUUCACUAGUAGUGAAUCAAUCACGGCUAAGCUGCAUUGUAUGUCUGUUAUCUAUUGUACAGUAUGUGAAUGGCUAUUGGCUAAGCAUGUUAAGAGAUUUUCCUUGACCAUACCCCCCCCACCACCAUCUCUAGACCCCCCUCUGCCCAGUGACUUGGUGUGUGAGACCCAUGACCUGAUCUCUGUGGACUGUCAGUGGACAAAGGGCCGAAAUACCUACCUGUUUGGAAAGACCCGUCAGACGUACUACACCCUGAACGGAAGGUACAGUCUUACAAACGUUCACAUUUGAUCCUCUAUGUUUCCUGAAUAGAUGACGUUAAUGGUGCAAUAUGCAGAAAUCGAUCUGCCAUUCUAAUAAUUCGCCUAAUUUCAGUUGAUGGGAGAAAACAAGCACUCAAGAGUGUAGAGAAUCAUUGUAUCAUCUAAACCGCUGUGAAAUAUAUUUUCCAUAACCAAAAAUAUUGUAUUUUCAGCUGUUUGAAGCUGGUGUACAAAACUGAAAGUAAAAGACGCAAAAACUAAACUUAAGAACGGGAAGCAUAGAAAUAGCGCACAUAGAACAGAUCUACCGCUUCUUAGACUUGCUUUCAAUGAGAAUGACAGAUCUAUAACUCACAUUUCUAUGUGAAUUUGGUUGGAUCGCCCAAAAAGUUACAUAUUGCAGCUUUAGAUAUGUCUGUGUUGCAAAUGGCCUCUAGUCAAAAGUAGUGCACUGUAUAGGGAAUAGGAUGCAAUUUGGGACGCAAUAACCUGGCUAUUGGAGGGGAUAUAAUGUCUGCUCUCAUCCCUUUUCUUUGCCAUUGGAAUGUUCAGGAACUGCACCAAAGCCAAGAACAGCAACAUGCAUUGUGGUUGGGAGCAGUGGGAAGGGAACUGGACCCUAGUCGCACGCAACCCGCUGGGCCAGUUCAGGCUUACAGACGCAGCCCAGCUGGGUCACAGAGGUAAGUGCUGCUGUUCGAUACAGUCUCAUUAUUACUAAAUGUUAUUAAUAUUAUAUUACUGUAUGUAAACUUCAAUACAACAAGUCACAGCAUCAGCAGUGCUGCAGAGCAAGGUCUUUAUACACUCUUUUGAAUGUAAUGUUUUUGCCAGUCCGUCCAGUGGCCCCUGUGAAUUUGACCACCCCAGAGGUCUAUAGCUGGAAUGCCAGUGUGGGUUGGCACUGGAACUACAAUGGUUACGAGAGGCUGUCCCUUAUCUGCCAGGUGCAACGUAGCAGCCACUGGAACAUCAGCACAGUGAGUGGACUUAAAGGGCUGCUUUAUCCAAUCUACAUGUUUGGGUUACAUUAAAGGACAAGUUCGUUUCUUUCUUUCGUUUUUAGCGAUUUUUCAUUUGGUUUUGAGAAACUUACCCCCACCAGCCAAGUGAAAUCGUAAAACCGGUGUCUGUCUGGGCUCUUCUAUAACAUGCCAUUUACAUCAAAGAUUUGGUUGAAAAAAGCAAACGUCUCCUUUUAAUCUUACCUUGAGUUGUCUAUGUAAGCCAGUAGUGACAGCAUCCACAAUAAUCUGUUGUUUACCUUUGCUACAGGCAGUAGUUAGCAUGAUUUAGCAUCAUCCUCAAAAAUGAAUGUAAUCCAAUAUCCCUGAUGUUACCAAACGUCCUCACAAAUGGAGGAAGGGGAAAAAACUAAUGUUUUCUGUGUGAUACAUUUUUUGAAUAAUAUUUAAAUAAUAAGGGAGUACAGAGAGUAAGGAGGUAAAGAGUUAGACAUUUAAAGGGGGAUAUUGGAACAUCUCAAAUAUUCGACCACUACCGCCCUUAUUCAAUUCUAUUUGAACGAGACAGUGAUCAUGAGAAUAUGGAGGAAAGGAUCAUGUGAAUAUGUAUAUGACUUAAAAAAUCAUGACUUUCAUUGAAAUAAUCAGUUGUAUUGUAUGGUUUUGUGUUGUCUUUUUUUAAAACCAUCUAGCAAACCUACACUGGUCACGGACUGAACACAGCGGUACUGAAGGACCUGCAGCCCGAUGAAGAGUACAGCGUUAAGGUCCGCUGUGGAUCCCAGAAGAACUUCUGGAAAUGGGGAGAGUGGAGUUUGCCGCUGAGUUUCCAAACCAAAAUGGACCGUGAGCACACACCCCUUGUCAUUGGAGAUAUUUUUGUGAACAUUCUUUUAUUAAAUAUAAAUAAAUAGUGGGAUUGAGACGAAAGGUUUUACAGAUGAGGCCUUACAGAGGUAUACACUGACAGAGAUCAUAUAUAAAUCAUACAAAAGUAAACAUCUAAAAGAAAUGCAACAUAAUCACAGUAGCAGUUAACUCUGGAAUGAGACUUGACAUUCCAAUGACUAGGAGCUGCCUUUGACCUGGUCAUGAGGCAUUGAUAUUUUUGGCCACAUGGCAGUGCUGUUUCCACACAUACUGCUUUCAUUAGACAAUAAGGAAACACUGAAAUACAGAACUAAACACUUUUUAAGGAUGGAAUCCUGCAGUAGGGGAAACGGCGCCACGGCCGUUGUUAUUGUUUUUGUUUGGUUGACUAAGCAGAGCUGGGGAGCGUGGUGCCUCGUGGUAAAACAAUGGUGCCUCGUGGUAAAACAUGUUGCCUUACAUAUGCUGCUGUUCCAUCGCGCGUGUCAGAGGGGGAAAAACAGUGUUCAUUGUUUGCAGUAACUUCUUUGUUGUAAUAUCGCCAACGGCCGUGGCAGUUUCACCAUGAAGUAUUCUAGCUUUAAAGCUCUGUUUUUUUCUCCUGUGCCAGGCCCCAAGGCUCCUGACAUAUGGGUGUGGAUGGACAGCGACAACCUAGGCCGUGUUUUGUGGAAAGUGAGUACUACGUAGCUGCUUACCGUAAUAUAUUGGGUUUCUGUGUGUGUGAGUGGUCAUGUAGCUACACUACUAAGGGCCUUUCCCAGACUAGUCCUGGAUUUAAAAGCACUUUCAAUAGAAAUUCUCCAUUAAGCAUGUUUUUUUUGUCCAGCACUAGCCUUGAUCUGUGUCUGCAAAACUGUCCCUAAAUGUACUCUUCACCGGCUAUGCUUUUCCCCUCAAGCCUCUAACAAAGAGAGAGAGCCACGGCCAGGUCAGCGGUUAUGAGGUGACCCUGUGGAGCCCCGAGGAGAAUGGCCAACAGACUUUCACCCUCCCCCAGAGCAUGUACAGUCACCCCAUCAACAUGACUGACCGCGGGAGUAAAGUCACGGUCACUGCGCGGAACCCUGCAGGAGUUUCCCUCCCAGCGAACAUCGUCAUCCCCAGACACUUGCCAGGUAAGAAUGGGGGAAAAGGAGGCCCGAAUUCAGCGUCUCAGAAUAGGACUCCGGAUCUAGGAUCAGUUUGGCUUUUGAAAUCAUCAUUAAUAAUAGGGCACUAGGAUCAGCACUCCUGCUCUGAGACACUUUAUGAAUACUUGCCUUGGCACUCCCUCCCUUACACAUAUAACUUUAAAAGGGAUGCAUGUUGGGAAAACAAGGGCUCUAGGACUGAGCCUGAACUGUGACUGUCUUUUAGAUACAGAGGACACCACCAUCUCCAAGGUCGCGUUCAAUGGCAGUGGGUUUCCCCUGUCCUGGGUGGCCCAAACUAACGCUAGCUGUGGCUACGUGGUGGACUGGUACAACACUAGCUGCACACAGGACUGCAGUGUGGAGUGGACCAAGGUGGCAGCGGACAACACCAACACCGUGGUUCAAUCCAGUGAGUCUGGGAUGGACCUUUUUUUUCAUGUUUAAAUAAUCGAUUUAGUGUGUGACUGGCCCAUCUGGCAUUUGCCAGAAAUGCCAGACAGCCUAUCCAUCGCUGAGUGUGUCUCAAUAAAUGCUUUUUUCUCCUUCCCAGGUAACUUUUUUGCAGGAGUGAGAUACACGUUUUCUUUGUACGCCUGUUCAUCAGAGUCCACGGUUCUGCUAGAGAGGUGGCAUGGGUACAUGCAGGAACUGGGUAGGUUGGCUGGCAAUUGAAUGACUGCAUUGAGCAUAUUGUAUUUGUCUUUUUCAGGGAUAUUUUACUCCAGAAAACACGUUGGAGCAUUUUGUUCAUUAAUACACUACGCUUGUCUUAUAUUAAAUAGCUUAGAUCAUAGGAAUCACUGUGCUGCCAUAUUUAUAUACCUAUCCAAGGCCUUUGAUACUGUCGACCAUCCCCUACUCAUUCAAAGUUGUCUGAAAUAUGCCUCGACCAGGCGUCUUGCAAGUGGUUUGGGAACUAUCUGUCAGACAGGAGACCAUGUGUGCUUUCUGAUGGUGUCAAGUUAACUCGAUAUUACUAAAGGUGUCCUGCAGGGGUCGAUUUUGGGACCUGACCUCUUUACUAUUUAUAUAAUCAUAUUGGUCUAUUUGCAAAGACCAGUAACAUUUAUCAGUAUGCAGAUUACACUUAUGUACUCUACUGCCCUAUGGCUGACCAGGGUAUGUUGGAGCUGCAAUCAGAUUUGUUGAUUUAAAAUUGGUACUUAAUGCGGGAAAAACUAAAUGUAUUCUGUUUUCUAAUUCUCAUAGCAAUAUUUCAGAUGGCUUACACGUUUAUGCAUUGGAUGGUUCUUUUAUCGAGCAGGUUCCAGCCUAUAAAUAUCUGGCCUUUUGGAUUGACAAUAAUUUGAUGUUGAAAAAACAUACGGAUGAGCUAGUUAAGAAACUGAGAUUUAAAGUAGGCAUCUUUUUAUAGAAAUAGAUCAUGCGGCUCCCUAAACAGCAGGAAGCAGAUUGUACAGUCAACUUUCCUGCCAGUUCUUGACCAUGGUGACUACUCUUAAACCAUUGGACGCCGUCUACCAUAGCGCCCUUCACUUUAUCACAAGAGACAGUUUUCAUACGCAUCACUGCAUCCUGUAUCAAAAGAUUGACUGGUCGUCAUUAAUGUCCCGUCGGGCUUUUCGUUACUCAAUUUCUGUUUAAAAAGCUACUACUACACUAGUUUCCAACUUACCUCACUUCACUGUUAAUAUAUAAAACUAUGAGAUACCAUACACGUGGACAGGGAUGGUUAACUCUCAAGGUUCCUCUAGUAACUAUCGAUCUAGGUACAUCCUCCUUCAGUUUUAGUGCCCCCCCCCCCUCCCUCUGGGGCAGUUUAGGACUUCAAUGUUGAGUGGAAUUAAUGAGAAUUGCAACUGUUUGGAUUUGAAUAUAAUCAAUUGUAUUUGUGGUGUUUUGAAGCUGUACUGUAGUGUUGUUUAUGUCAUUUUUAUUGAUCAUUUAGAAUUUGUUGUAUUGUUGUCCUCAGGGCAGGAUUGUAAAUUAGACCCUGGUCUCAAUAGGUUCCCCUGCAUAAAUAAAAUACAAAUCAAAACAACACUGUUGAUAUGGUCUCAACAGUUUUCAAGAUAGAGCAAGAAGUACCAAUCUAAAAGUGUGCUGAUGAAGCGUUUUGCAUCAUAUGAUACAUUUUCUAUUACCAUACUUUCCUUCUGUGUACUGAAAGUGCUCUAUCUAGCAAACCUGACUGCUGACAUGUACAAUUUUAUGGGACCGUAUCAACAGUGGACUAAUUUAACAAAAUACCAAAGUAUUUUUUCAGUGAACUAUCCCUUUAAAUAUCUCCCUUGUCACGUCUGACCCUCCCUCUCCCUUUCUAUGCAGUCCCGUCUCAGGCCGUCCCCAGGCUGUCACCCAACCAGGAGGGCUCUGACGUCCAGCUGACCUGGGAUCAGAUUCCACUGGAGCAUCAGAGAGGCUUCAUCCUGGGAUACACCGUCUACCUGACAAACGCAUCCCACCUCACCCUACUGGGUAACUCUUCAACCCUAACCCUACUGGGUAACCCUUCACCCUAACCCUACUGGGUAACCCUUCACCCUAACCCUACUGGGUAACCCUUCACCCUAACCCUACUGGGUAACCCUUCACCCUAACCCUACUGGGUAACCCUUCACCCUAACCCUACUGGGUAACUCUUCACCCUAACCCUACUGGGUAAAUCUUCACCCUAACCCUACUGGGUAACCCUUCACCCUAACCCUACUGGGUAAAUCUUCACCCUAACCCUACUGGGUAACCCUUCACCCUAACCCUACUGGGUAACCCUUCACCCUAACCCUACUGGGUAACCCUUCACCCUAACCCUACUGGGUAACUCUUCACCCUAACACUACUGGGUAACUCUUCACCCUAACCAUCACCCAACUGGGUAACUCUUCAAAAUAGCCCCUGGGCCCGGAUUUAUACAGUGGGGGAAAAAAGUAUUUAGUCAGCCACCAAUUGUGCAAGUUCUCCCACUUAAAAAGAUGAGAGAGGCCUGUAAUUUUUAUCAUAGGUACACGUCAACUAUGACAGACAAAAUGAGGAAAAGAAAUCCAGAAAAUCACAUUCUAGGAUUUUUAAUGAAUUUAUUUGCAAAUUAUGGUGGAAAAUAAGUAUUUGGUCAAUAACAAAAGUUUCUCAAUAAUUUGUACAGGUCAAACGUUUUCUGUAAGUCUUCACAAGGUUUUCACACACUGUUGCUGGUAUUUUGGCCCAUUCCUCCAUGCAUAUCUCCUCUAGAGCAGUGAUGUUUUGGGGCUGUCGCUGGGCAACACGGACUUUCAACUCCCUCCAAAGAUUUUCUAUGGGGUUGAGAUCUGGAGACUGGCUAGGCCACUCCAGGACCUUGAAAUGCUUCUUACGAAGCCACUCCAUCGUUGCCCGGGCGGUGUGUUUGGGAUCAUUGUCAUGCUGAAAGACCCAGCCACAUUUCAUCUUCAAUGCCCUUGCUGAUGGAAGGAGGUUUUCACUCAAAAUCUCACGAUACAUGGCCCCAUUCAUUCUUUCCUUUACACGGAUCAGUCGUCCUGGUCCCUUUGCAUAAAAACAGCCCCAAAGCAUGAUGCUUCCACCCCCAUGCUUCACAGUAGGUAUGGUGUUCUUUGGAUGCAACUCAGCAUUCUUUGUCCUCCAAACACGACGAGUUGAGUUUUUACCAAAAAGUUAUAUUUUGGUUUCAUCUGACCAUAUGACAUUCUCCCAAUCCUCUUCUGGAUCAUCCAAAUGCACUCUAGCAAACUUCAGACGGGCCUGGACAUGUACUGGCUUAAGCAGGGGGACACGUCUGGCCCUGCAGGAUUUUAGUCCCUGGCGGCGUAGUGUGUUACUGAUGGUAGGCUUUGUUACUUUGGUCCCAGCUCUCUGCAGGUCAUUCACUAGGUCCCCCCAUGUGGUUCUGGGAUUUUUGCUCACCGUUCUUGUGAUCAUUUUGACCUCACGGGGUGAGAUCUUGCGUGGAGCCCCAGAUCGAGGGAGAUUAUCAGUGGUCUUGUAUGACUUCCAUUUCCUAAUAAUUGCUCCCACAGUUGAUUUCUUCAAAACAAGCUGCUUACCUAUUGCAGAUUCAGUCUUCCCAGCCUGGUGCAGGUCUACAAUUUUGUUUCUGGUGUCCUUUGACAGCUCUUUGGUCUUGGCCAUAGUGGAGUUUGGAGUGUGACUGUUUGAGGUUGUGGACAGGUGUCUUUUAUACUGAUAACAAGUUCAUACAGGUGCCAUUAAUACAGGUAACGAGUGGAGGACAGAGGAGCCUCUUAAAGAAGAAGUUACAGGUCUGUGAGAGCCAGAAAUCUUGCUUGUUUGUAGGUGACCAAAUACUUAUUUUCCACCAUAAUUUGCAAAUAAAUUCAUCAAAAAUCCUACAAUGUGAUUUUCUGGAAAAAAAAUUCUCAAUUUGUCUGUCAUAGUUGACGUGUACCUAUGAUGAAAAUUACAGGCCUCUCUCAUCUUUUUAAGUGGGAGAACUUGCACAAUUGGUGGCUGACCAAAUACUUUUUUUCCCCACUGUAGAUUGCUAACUCUAAAUAUGAUAUUGUUGCUAGAUAGCCAUGUAGGCUAAUUGAUUAAUCUAUCAGUAAAUGUAGGCUAAUGUCCUACAAAACCUUCCAGCGCUAGGCCUAGGCUACUUGAUGGAGACCUAUUCACUGCAAAUGGCGCGCUCCACCCAACUCGGCUCCGCGGGCGUAUCAAAACCAUACUAACUACAGCCUGUUCCGGUUGUGCGUGAACUCAAUAUUAAGAGGUGAGAAAUAUAUGAUAUACUCACAGAAAGCUGUGACUCUCCUCUGUGUAACUAGAACAACAGUAGUUGCUUUAAAAACUGUAUUUUUGCCGCAGUUUUGAGCAAUGGUCAUAUGCUUAUGCUUCUCAGAAUGCAUCUCUCCCUCCUCCGUGUCACAGUGGGGAGAGAGAGUGAGAGUCAGCAGACUACAGCCAAACAGGGAUAGGAAGAUACUUUCAUAGCAGGAGUCAACAUAAUGCAUAGGCUAUUAUUAUUGUUGACCAAAUCAUGGUUUUAGAAAAAUAUAGAGCAACGUUCUGUAGCAAAAUCACCGAAAAUUUCCGACGUAAGCAAAAUGCUUCGGUAAGAGGAUUUCAAUGUCGUUGUCUGUAAUUUUGGGUUUAUCGUCCCAGCCCUAUGCAUACAUACUGUGCAUAAAUACAUCAGUGAAGGCUGUUGAGGGGAGGACGGCUCAAAAUAAUGGCUGGAGCAAAUGGAAUGGCAUCAAGCCACAUGUUUGAUGUAUUUGAUACUAUUCCGCUACAGCCAUUACCAUGAGCCAGUCCUCCCCAAUUAAGGUGCCACAAACCUCCUGUGAUAUACAUUUAGCCCUCAGCCCUCAACAAGGACAUAUCAGGUGAGCUGUGUUUAAGCCUCUCAACUAGUGGAACUCACCAGUGGUAACCAUGGACAACAUCUAUGUUUCCUCUCUCUCUGAUUGCCGCACACAAGAUCCACAGCCAACACACAGAGCACUGUCCGGGCCAACAGCAUCACCAACCUGCACAGGGGAGACGAGGCGCCACAGUGUCAGUCAGGCACCUGGUCCUGGGCUCCUACAAGUUCACUGUCAAGGCCUACACUGUCAGUUCACAGUGUGUUAGGCCUCGAGUUUUACUUAAGUUCUGUCAACAUUCUCUCACAGUUCUCACAGCUGUUUAUAGGCCUCAUAGUUUACAGUACGUUCUGUCAACAUUCUCUCUGUUCUCACAGCUGUUUUUAGGCCUCAUAGUUUUACAUUAAGUUCUGUCAACAUUCUCUCACAGUUCUCACAGCUGUUUUAUGGCCUUGUUUUACAUUACAUUUGGUAUUUCAGGCAUUCGUUUUAUAGGCCUCGUUGUGAUCAGUAAUGUCAAAGAUGUAACACACGUAGCCUGGAUCUACUAACAAUUCCCACUUCCUUGUCUUCGUACUAUUGCUGUCCAGCUUGGUUUUAGGCGCCAUAGUUGUACAUAUCCUAUCGACACAUGCUUCUACAGAGAGGAUGAUAGGCUUUAUAGUUUUACAUGCUUUGGUCAGAGUCUCACAGGAGUCGUAGUUUAAUCUUGUGUCAUGUUUCGCAUUUUACUAGGCACUAAUAGUUUAAGGUUCAGAUUGACAGUCACAGCUGAUACCUCAUAUUUAGUACAUAUGACAAUGUUACCACAGCCUAGCUCACCUACAUACGUCUCACACCCGCAUUGUACUUUAUAAUUAUCAAGUGCUGAGUGUGGUAUGUAUAGUGUGCCCAUAUCCGGGCAAGGGACUGUUUUAUUGCUCCGAUUGAUCAAUGCAAAAGUGUAACAGCCAGCAAUGGCAUCUCAAACCCCUUCCUUUCCUGUAGCCUAUUGGCUGAUCCUGGAGCUCCUGGUUGCUCUGGGCGCCAUGACCUGUGUCCUGAUCCUCAUCACCAUCGCUUGCUACAGGAAGAGGAAAUGGUAGGCUUGUGUUUUUCACUGCUUUGGCAGAGUCAAAAGGAGUAGUUUGAUCUUGGGUCACUUUUGCAUUUCCCGGCCACUAAUGGUUGUAAAGGUUCGGAUUGGGGGAGGGGAAGCUGAUCCUAUAUCUGAACCUAGAGGAAAUGUAACCCCGGAGCCAGUAAAAACCUAAAUCACCAACACCAGAUUGUCUGUUAUAAUUACGCAAAAAGGCCUGAGGGGGUAUGGUAUAUGGCCAAUAUACCACGGCUAAGGGCUGUUCUUAUGCACGAUGCAACGCAGAGUGCCUGGAUACAGCCAUUAGCUGUGGUAUAUUGGCCAUAUACCACAAACCCCCUGGGUGCCUUAUUGCUAUUAUAAACUGGUUACCAACGUAAUUAGAGCAGUAAAAAUACAUGUUUUGUCAUACCCGUGGUAUACGGUCUGCUAUACCACAGCUUUCAGCCAAUCAGCAUUCAGGGCUCGAACCACCCAGUUUAUAACAGAGAAUAAUGUUAUUAUGCUUUUUGUUUUUCAUGAAAAGGGUGAAGAAGGCCUUCUACCCCGAAAUUCCAGAGCCCAAGCUACCAGGAGACUGGGGGAUAACACAGGUAAGCUCUCUGUUCUUAUCCUAUCAGUGUGGCCUAAUCCCUUCUAGUCACUGUGUUCUCUUUCUCCAUCUUCACCAUCUUGGGGAAAACAUGAUGCCAGACACAGGACUAGGGUGACAAAAUUCCUAGAUUUUUCAGAAAUCUAGGUUGGAGGAUGCCCUGAAUCAGGAGAGAAUAAGCAGAAAAUACAGAAUCCUCCAACCAGCAUUUCUGGAAAGUUAGUAGAACUUUGUAACAGGACUUUUUCUCAUAAGCACUAAAUCAUGUGUGUUUGUUUCCAGGGGACUUUGGACGUGAAGCCCUCGCCCCACAGCAUGGUGCACAUCGUGGAGGACCCCGUGUGGGACUCAAGCAAGGAGGCUCUGGUGAGCGUUCCCGAGGAGGACGAGGAGGGUACAGGUGACGAGGCGGCCGACACCGACGAGCCCGCCGUGCUUCGCUACUACAACCAGGUGGUGGAGGAGGGCUCCUCCUCCCGGGGUCGUCCUCACGCCUCCGACUCCUCGGCCUCCUCGGCCUCCUCCACCGGCUCCAUGGACUCAGGACACACCGACGUCACCUACACCGGCAUCCAGACCUCUGCCUGCUCCCUGGCCCACUUCCAGCCUCAGCCUGAUGCAUCCCAAUGUGCUGGCGAUGGAGGUUACCGGCCCCAGAUGCAGUCUGCAUCAUGCCCCGAGGAUCCCCAAGCUGGCCCUGAGGAGCACCUUCAGCCCCCUGUGGGCUCUUUUGGAGGGUACCAGCCCCAGUGCUCUUGGAAACAGGACUCCCCCGAGGCUGACGGCGGCUUGGACCAAGCCUACCUGGGCAGUCCCACCUCCGUCACCUCCUCCCAGUUCCUGCUCCCUCAUGACACCUCCUCAGAGGAGGGCAAGGAGCACCCGUCAUCAGCAAGCACCUGGUUCCACAACCUCCUGACGGGCAAACCCUGAGGCAGCCCAAUGUCAUGACGACGAGUCACGAGCUUCACAUCCAAUUUGUCACUGCCUUCUCUCACCUUCCCAACCGGGCAUUUGUUGUUACAAUACACAUUUCAAUGUUAUGUUUCUAAGCUCAUGUUGGUGUAAACUAACAAAUGUCACUCCUAAAAGAACACUAAUUACACUAAUCCUAGAUUUGCUGGAUUGCGUUUGUGGAGAUUGAGCGGUUUGUGGGAGCUGCCGUGCUACUGAAAGGCAUUCUAGUUCAUAGAAAGUUGACAGCAUUUUCUAAAACAAUUGCCCUGAAAAUCACAGAUGUCUGCUACACGUACUAGUAGUUAGAUUCUGACACAAUUAAUGAAGAUGUCUGAAUUACUUAUUGUUGUCCUCUGAAACUUUCUGGUAAUAGCAAAUAUUCACUGAAAUAAGCUAGUAGUACAUGGAAAAAUGUACUAUCAUGUUAUAUUUUAUUGUGUAUUUUUGUGUUUUCGUUCCAAGCCAGGGGCCUCAGAAGGUGCCCUUGCUAAAUGUGGAAGAUAAGUUAGUUCCCCCUCAUGGUUUUUAAGUAUGCAUUUGAAACGCACCACUUUUCACUUGCACAUUCUUAGAUAUAACAAAAAAUAUAAAUGUGUUUUGCAUGGUUGUAUUGUUAGAUAUAUUCCAGAUCUGUUGGGCCUCCACCAUUGAACUGUUGUUUGUUCUACAGCCCUUUACUAAAUCACGCCUUGACAGUUUAAGCAAACAUAAGUGUUGCCUUAAAUGUUAUGCUUCCAAUCAUUUUGGCCUAUUUCGACAAACGUUUUAUGCCUUGUAAAUAGAUCAAUAUGGGGUAUCAAAACAACUGAACACAUUAUGCAGAAUUGCAUCAUGGGAUCUGGAGUUUACCCUCCAAUGCAGUGGGAUAUGGAUAUAGAGGUAAUCCUCCAUAAUAGUGCAAUGCAGGCUUGGGGUCAAUUUCAAUUAAGUUAAUUCAGGAAGGGAACUCAAAUUGCAUUUAAAAUGUUCCUCAAUGCUUUUCAACGAAAAGGAAUUGGAAUUUUCUCUUUACUUCCUGAAUUGAAGCGGAAUUGACCCCAAGCCUAGCACGACGUAUAAAUAGUUUAACAAUAGAUUAUUGGCCAACGGUUUUCCUACUAAAUAGUAAUUAACACUAUUUUUGGCAUUAUUCAGACAUACUACAUAUGCCUAUAGAAUUGUUACUGUGAAAUGAAUACACAUGCACUAAGUAAAUACAGGCUUGGAGUUAUUGUUGGUGUUUGAGAACAGCUGUUCUAAGUUAGCCUGGAUCGCUAGUUGAAGUGGUUGCAGUGGAUUUGCUGUGAGUGCCUGUUGAUGUGUUUCAGGGAGAUCCAGAUGAACUUGUGUAUAGUAUAUUAUAAACUGGGUGGUUCGA